AUGGAUCGCUAUGCUGAGGUGAAGCUUCUUCUGAAGAGCUGGGAGGGGGACUUCCUGAAUAGGACCAUGAGAGACGACCUACCAAGACGGACAUCGAGAACGCCCCGGAGGAAACGCGGAACCUGUACAGGGAGUACCGGGCCCUAAAGAAGAAGCAGCAGCAGGCCAAUGAAUGUGAGCCGGAUGGAGCCACAGACCGGGUCCCAGACAGGGAGGAACCCGACUCUUGGGGGAGCCAUCUGAACCGUGCCGCCAGUGUGACCCCAAAGAUGACUCCUCAGAGCGCUCCUCCCUCAAAGCGUCUGCGCAGUACUAUGGAAUGAAACUCAAAUCCAACCUGGGAGGAGCUGGGAAGAACCGUCCAUGGUCCUUAAAGAAGAAGACUGUUACAUCGCCCUCGUGUGUCCCACCUGAGCCAUCGCCCACCUGUGUCCCACCUGAGCCAUCGCCCACCUGUGUCCCACCUGAGCCAAUGCCCACCUGUGUCCCACCUGAGCCAUCGCCCACCUCUGUCCCACCUGAACCAUCCACUGAUCCUACUCCUGACCGUCCUCCAGACUCCACGGAGGAUUUGCCUCUUCUUACAAUGGGCCUAAGAACCCACAAGGUUAAUUUAACCCCUUCCAGUCAUAAUGGUGUUGGGAGGAAGCUUCACCAGCUCCAGUCUAAAGUUGGGCAACGCCUGUCCUCACUGGACCAUGACUGGUUGCAGAGAUGUGAGCUCAGAGGGGCAGGAGCAGGACAGGGAGAUAAACCAAUUAUGGAAGAGAGGAGAGAAAGAAAGGCUGGGUUGGAGCUGAUGGACUUCCAGUGGUCUUCUGUAGAUGGACAUUCUCCUCAUUCCGGGAGGGGUCAGCGUGAGGUGAAGCAUGAAGUGAAGUCAAUAGAUGACACCAAGACACAGGGGAGUGUCUUGUCUACAGAGGAUAUUCCACACAUGACCACCAGUGCUGCAGACUGCAAGAAGAUGAGUGAACCAGUAAAGACCAGAUCACCAAACCAUCACCUGAAGGAGGUGGAAACAAACCCUGAAGAACAAAGAAAGAAGAUCCUUCUGGUCUCAGAGAGGAAUAAAGACGUCAUCCAUCAAUCACCUGGACCAAACGAUGGACCAAAUAUGGAAGCUGCAUCAUCAACCGGGUCAAGUAAUCCAUCCAUUAUACAGGAAAAAUAUAAAGAGCUGGAGGGGCUCACAGAGGACAGUAAGGGGAGUGACCUGACUUCACAGAAUGGGAAAGUCUCACGUAGGAAAAGGCGAAGGGAUGCGACAAACAAUGCAGAUCCUGAGGAUGUUCACUCACGGAAGAGACAACGCAAAGCAAAGCUGACCACAGAGGAGAAGAGUCCCAAGCGAGGCCCAAAAAAAGUCUAAAGUAGGUGAAGACUCUGAGGAUCCGCCCACAACUGAAGUCUCCAGCCGAAUGACAGAGAACAUCCUGGGGGAAAUGAUGGAAGAAGAUAUGAAGAGAGUCGCUGCACAAAUUCCGCAAAGUGCCAGGGUGCCACAGAGGAGAACAGAGAACUUUGUCCGCAUUAAUCUGAAGAAGAAAUCCCACGUAAAAAGUUUUGUGUUAAAUGGCAGCAGACUGAGAAAG